GACGUGAGGCAAUGGACGAUUUUUAUAUUGUUGACAUGCAUGCCAAUCUUCGGCGUUGUUUGGACUUUUGAUUUUGUUCCAUUCAAGUUUCAGGACAGUAAGUACACUUUUAUACGCCACAAAUUUUCGCCCAUGAGGAUUUGCCAUUUUUAUAAUAGCAGUGCAAUUGCGAACACGACUUGUCGACAGCUUGUGAACAGAUUCGCAACAACUUGUGUACAGACCUUACAGGCCCUGUUACACGGUGCAAUUUUUCAUGCAACUUGUCUCGCAAUGGCGUUGCGAGACAAGUUGCACGAGUCAUUGCACCGUUUAACAUGCCUUGCAAUGGUCAAAAUCUUUGCGAGACAAGUUGCAUGAAGCAUUGCACAGAGUAGAAGUCGGUUCUACUUUUGGCAACGAUUGCACUAAUUAUUUUUAGCAUUGCAGCGUGCAACAUGGCUUCGUGCAACUUGUCUCGCAAUGUUUAUAGCUUGGAGAGUUCCUAUUGGCUCUCCCCAGUACACGCUUUACUUUAAUUAAAAUUUGGCGCCAAAUAGCGCCUCUCCUUAGUCUCUUCGCAUGCCUCUGUCCCCUAUCGUUGCGAGUUGCAUGAAAAUCAUUGCAGCGUGUAACACCUCUUGCAAUGCACUAUCAAAAUCUUUUUUUAAACAUUGCGAGACAAGUUGCAUGAAAAAUUGCACCGUGUAACAAGGCCUUAACAAUUUGUGCGUUUUUACGUGUGUACUUUAAGUCCGAUUCACACUAGUAAUUUUGUCGGCGACUUUGUGUUUUUGACGGAUGCAAAUGAGUGAACUCGCACAGAAAACUACGAAAGUAUAGAGUCGCUUUUCAGAAGUAAACCGCAAUUCACUCUUUUGCAUGUCGUUCAUUCGCUCACAUUUACCAGAAGAAGAAGAAUCCUCGACAGAACAGACCUUCCCUAUUAUUCUCUAGUUUACCCGAUGGCCUCGUUUCCAUUUUUGUAACUGUACAUAUAAUCAUAUAAUUGGACGCCGGAAGGUGCCUUGCAUGGGAACUUUUCAAAGAGUCCCGUUCGUACCUUGCCGUUUUGGAUCUAGCUUUCAAAUGUGUUGAUCCAUAUACUGAUCCAAAUAAAUUUGUUAAAUAAAAAAAAUAAAAAUUUUAACUUAUUUUAGCAUGUCAGGGGCAGGUAAAAAUAAUAUUCCCAUGUUUUCCUCGACGAAUUUGUUUCUUGCUGUUCUCGGCUAAAUUACAAUUAACGUAAUUUUCAACCCUACUAAGCACAAAACAUGAGUAAGUAUUUGAUACGAAAACGAAGUCAUUGGUGAAAAGUGAAUAAACAGUAAGGUCUAUUGCCAUAUGAACCAGGUUAUAGUGUACUCAUGAUAAAACUACACUAAAUUUAAAAACUGCUAUAAGUUAACAUAAUUUAUUUUGGACCUUUCCAGUAAACCCACAUUCCUAGUUUUGAGAUUGUAUUUCUCUGACGACGGUUCUAAAACAUUCAUGAAACAAAUAAGUCCCAGGAGUUAAUAUAGAGAAUAAUUACAGCAUCUCAGUAAUUCUAGUAAUUCUAUCCAUAUAGAUCCCUGCAUUGAUGCCGUACCACGCGUAUUAUCCUUUGAAGAUCCCUCUGAGUUGGAUUACUUCACAUUUCCGAAUACUUCUAUUUUGAUGACGUCAACAAAACAUUACAAAGAUGGAUUUCACUCGAUGAUGUGGCAGUGGAAACCUGGGGACAAACUGAAAUUAAAUUGGAGGCAACGUUUGGGCGGUUCCCGUACUGGUAUUAAAUUUUGGAUUUACCGCAACGAGAGCUCUGCUGCUAAUCUCAGCGUGUCGCUUAUAGAUUCUAAGUUACACAACAAAGUUGUCAUAAAGUUUAAUUUUUCAUUAAAUUUCACUGGUUGGCGCGCGGCUUGGGUAGCACUGGGCGAAACAAAAUCACUUCCAAAAAGACCCGGGUAUGAUCUAAUCGUAUUCACCGCUCCAGCACAGGAAAUUCCUUCUCAAGUACUUUUCAUGGAUCUACUUUGCUUCCCCCACCACGUAUUAUUUCAAUCACGUGAUGAAAUAAUUCCACCUAUCGACGGCGCCAUUUACAGUAUAAAAAACACGUGGCAACAGACUUACAGAUGGAGCUUGGUAAACCCACCGGAAGUGAACGGAACUACACCAUUAUCAGCGAAGGAAAUGCAACAAUUGAAUGAAACCUAUUUGAUUGAAAAACGACUCGUAAAUUGGUUUGCAAACGAGCGUGUCCGGCCAACGGAGUUUCGAGGAAAAGUCUUGAAACGAUGGGAAUCGUUGGUUGUUUCUGGUUUCCAAAAGGCAAGACGUUAUUUCAAAGAGCUUAAUAUAACUGUGAGUCAGGGUGGUGUCAUUACAGGGUCCCCACUGUUUCUCAAACGAUCUCAGUUCGGACAUCGCUUAAAAAACACAACUGGCGGAAACAAGAAAUUAGGAGCCGUCACGUUUCACGUAUUACUUCCACUGACAUUAGAGUAUUACUUCUCUAUAAAAGAAAGCACUAUUCGUGAUACUGUCCGAAGAGAACUAGCAAAUAUCAACAGCAUUGUUAGAAGAGAAUUUGCUGUGAAACGAAUUACAAAGCAGGACUCGGAAUACUCAGAAUUCCUAGUUGCGGAGUUAAGAAAAUUUAAAUCGCCCUUAACGCAUGCUCAUUUUCGACGGAGUUUACAUAACCUUAACCAAAGAAAACUUGCCACUAUAAUGUUGUUAUUGGAGUAUAUCACGGAUCAGGGAUGGACACAGGGGAGUGCAAUGGGAUCACUGGAUCACGCGAUGAACAAAGUAGGGACCGGAUUUAUGAAUUCAAUGUUUCUUCUAAGACAGCAGCUUUCUAAAGCUGGAAAACUGGAGAAAAUUUUGCAUACUAUGAAAUGGUAUAACGCUUUAGGCGAAAUAUAUCAAGACAAUUUUGAGUACAGUGGUACGACGGCUGACAGACUGCGCACAAUCAUUUUCUAUCGCUUGGAAACUGUUUUAAUGAACCCAGGAAGCACCGUUUAUGAAAAACGAGUGAAGUUACGUGACAUGGCUGCCUAUGUCCGCUGGUGCAAUAACGCUUUAUUAGCACAUCCAGCAUUCCUGGCCAUGUUUAAACCCGAUCUAUCCUGCUUUCACCACCUAGGUGUCUACGGAUCCGCUUAUACACCCGAAGCACUAACCAUCUCAUCCAUG